UGACAGCGAGAGACGUUUCCAAUGACAGCAAUUUCAACAUGGCCCAGGAGCAGCCCCCCAGGAAAGGAAGUGGCCAUUCCAAGAUGCAAGCGUAGUCUGAUGUUAACAACAGUCAUAAACUAGCAUGGACUUUCCAGUUCUCAUCCUGGCCCCUGCAAGAAUUCUGCUGCAGAGCUUGUGAGGUUCAGAGCCCAUGGAGACUUCCUGAACUCGCUGCCUCUGCUCACUCCGGCAUGGACUGGCUCUCAUCUUGCAGCUGUGUAACUUUUCGAUUUAUACCCAACAAAUGAACUUGAGCAUCGCCAUCACGGCCAUGGUGAACACCACAGAAGCACCCAGCCAGCCUAACGCUUCCACAGAAAGAUCCCCCACAGACUCCCAGGACUACUGGAAUGAGACCCUGCGGGAAUCAAAGGCAGUGGCCCCCGUGUACAACUGGACCCCUGAGAUCCAGGGAAUCCUCCUCAGCUCCCUCAACUAUGGCUCAUUCUUGGCUCCGAUUCCCACCGGCUAUGUGGCUGGAGUAUUUGGAGCCAAGUACGUGGUUGGUGCCGGGCUGCUGGUGUCCUCAGUGCUGACUCUCUUCAUCCCACUGGCGGCAGAUGCUGGAGUGGCAUUACUCAUCGUGCUUCGGGUCAUCCAAGGAAUAGCUCAGGUUAUGGUAUUAACAGGUCAGUAUUCAAUUUGGGUCAAAUGGGCUCCCCCACUGGAAAGGAGUCAGCUCACCACCAUAGCUGGAUCAGGGUCGAUGCUCGGGACCUUCCUUGUUCUCAUCGCAGGUGGCCUCCUCUGCCAGAACCUAGGCUGGCCCUACAUUUUCUACCUCUGUGGGGGAAUUGGCUGUGUCUGCUGCCUCAUCUGGUUCCCUCUGGUCUAUGACGACCCUCAAAAUCACCCCUUUAUCAGCACUGGCGAGAAGAGAUACAUUGUCUGUUCACUGGCUCACGAGGACUGCGCGCCAGGCUGGUCUCUUCCCAUCGGUGCUAUGAUCAAAUCCCUACCACUUUGGGCCCUUGUGGUCUCUUACUUCUGUGAAUACUGGCUGUUUUCCACAAUCAUGGCAUACACACCCACAUACAUCAGCUCUGUUCUUCAAGCCAACCUCCGAGAUAGCGGGAUCCUGUCGGCUCUGCCGUUUGUGGUUGGCUGUAUCUGUAUUAUCCUUGGGGGUCUAUUGGCAGAUUUUCUCCUCUCCAGAAAAAUCCUCCGACUCGUCACCAUCAGGAAGCUCUUCACUGCCGUGGGAGUUCUUGUCUCUUCGGGGAUCCUCGUGCCCCUGCCCUGGGUCAGGUCCAGCCGCGGCACCACCAUGGCCUUCUUGGUACUGUCCUCGACCUUCAGCAGCCUCUGCGAAUCAGGAGCCCUCAUUAACUUCAUGGACAUUGCUCCUCGGUACUCCGGCUUUCUCAAAGGCCUACUACAGGUCUUUUCCCACAUAGCUGCAGGCGUGGCUCCUACUGUGGCUGGAUUUUUCAUCAGUCAGGAUUCAGAGAUGGGCUGGAGAAACGUCUUCUUGCUUGCCGCUGGUAUUGACAUAGGGGGCCUAGUCUUCUACCUCAUCUUCGGCCGAGCAGAAGUCCAGGACUGGGCUAAGGAACAGAUGUUGACCCAUCUCUGAGCAAAGGGAGCCAUGUGCGCGAGCCUGACUCAGUCGUCCGUCACUUGCCUUCAGAGCUCCUCCGCUCGGCUGCUUAGCCGUUUAGGAACUGGCUCUGUUUCCAGGGUUAUCUCAGAGACCCUGGCUAUGGGAUGCUGAGGACUUCACAAGGGAAGGAGAAGACUGGUAUUUAACUGUGAGCUUCUGAAAGCACAAACGUGUCUGAAUUUGUACGAAUCUGCUACACUUUCCCCUGUCACCACAGUGAGGGCACGCAUCAGGACAACUUGUCACCAAAGCAAGAGCGCAAGCCGGAACUUACAGAGUGAUGACCAAGCACCACAGGAGAGUGGUACCCAGACAUGCAGAGGGUGAAUACACAAGCUGUCAGCCAAAGACUGACCAGCCAGAAAGCUGUGUCUUCCAGCCAAAGUCCCAAGUGAACAGAGCUGCUCUCAGGUCAAGAGAUGGUGGUUUCAGAGCCAUCGUGAGUCCUGGUGUAUGCAGGAUGUCAAACGCAACGUGGAAGGAAAGAAUAAUGGAAGGGCUCCAUCACCAGAACAGGAAGGAAUUUCCUCCAGUUAAUGUGAGACAGAUAGCGGAAUUCAAUUCUAGAUGCUUCCUGUCUGGAUUCUGGCUUUGCAUCAGAACCACCUUUCUAUGUACACCACUCACUGGAGUCAGUUCUUCCACAGACACUGUCUCUCUGGUCAGUCUGGCCUGGGCCCCACAUCAGGUGUGUGGAUCCCUGCAGAUCCCUGUGUCUUAGUGAACAGACGUUGUCUGGCCUGCCUCUGAUCCUCUCCAGCACUUGGUGACAUCGCUUUCAUCGUGGAUGUUCCUCAUCUGCUUCUCUGGCUGUUGGGAUCUUACCCACCAUUCAAUGGGUCUCAUUCAGUGUUCAUCUCAUCAACCUCAAAUGUCUGCCAAAAAUGUAAGACCUGUGCUCAUUCCAAAUGUCUAGAGUGUGCGUGGUGUCUGUUUUCUUUAAGCCCCAUAUGGACAGCACAAGGACCAUGAAGGAACAGUAUUCAACAGUAUUUGAACAAUAUUCAAAUACUGAGUGAAUAUUGAUGAGUAUGAUUCUGUUCCUGGAGGCAGAAAUCAAAAGCAGCUCAAAGGAGCUCACUUACUGUGGCAGGAGGGCAGGUGGCUUCAGUCAAAGCAUCACAAAUGUGUGUGUAGCGACAACUGCAGACCAUGGAGCAGGAAGGGAAUACCUCACCAGAACAGCGCACAAGUGUGCACACACUACUCUAGGGGGAGGGGAGGCCACUCCACAGUGUCAAUUGAGCUGGUAGCUGAGGCUUAAUAAUUAGCUAGUGUAAGACUGGUGGAGAGAAUGUUCUAGAAGACCUGCAACGUAAGCAAAGGUUUGUUGACAGGAAAGAACAAGGACUGAAUAAGAGAGUGUGGACUGAGAAGAUGGAGAAGGAUCAUGUUUAAGCCGGUACUGAGCGCUGUGGACCCAGUGAAGGGCACCGGUCCAGGAUGCACAGGGCACUGUGGACCCAGUGAAAGGCACCAGUCUGGGAUGCACAGGGCACUGUGGACCCAGUGAAGGGUACUGGUCAAGGAUGCAUGGGGUGAUGUGAACCUGGUGAAUGGCACCUGUCCGGGAUGCAUGGGACACUGUGGACUCGGUGAAGGGCACUGGUCUUUAUGCUGAAGUCGAUGGAAGUAUUUUAAUGGAAAGGGACACAACCAGGGUUCCAUUUUUCAGUGGUCACAGUGCACGAGGGACUUGAUUAGGAGUUCCCAGCGUAUUUUCAGGAGAGUGUUGGUCCCUGGCAUGAGGCAGCUGGCCUGGUGGGAGGUAAGCUGUUGUUUGCUGUAAGGUAAGCCUGGCAACGCUGGAAUGCCCCAUGAGAGAAUGGGCGAGGUACACAGCAUGACUUGUAUUUGGGGAUGUCUCUGAUAAAGAUAGCAACGUACACAUACCUCCACCCCCGAAGGAAAAGAAACACAGGUCGGGGUGGCACUUGUGAUAUUUGAGCUUCAGUUAUAAAUUUGGGAAUCAUUUAAGCAGAGGCCAUGAUUGAAAUUCUCAGGAGGGAUGAGAUUGCUAUAAAGAGAGAAAGCCUAGUGCAAAUCUUUCAAGAACUUUGGUGUUUUACGGUCAGCUGGAGGAUGAUUACAGAUGGA